CUGGUCUCUACUAAUACUGAAAAACCGAACCCAACCUGUUAAAUCGUUACGUUACAACCGUUACUACACACAUUACGAAUGGUUACAAAUUACAAAUAGAAAUUGCACUCCUUUAACUAGAAUCAAGAUAACUAUGUAACAUUAUCGUCGAAUUAUUUUGUUCGUAUCUUCGUGAAAACGAACGCAGAUCUGUUUAGAGAGUUGAUAAAAAUAUGGAAGGUCUAUCGUAUAUUUCGUGUAUCAAAGUUAACGGAGUUCCUAUCUUACCGCCUAUGAUGACUAAAGAUAUUAGAGAGGAAAUGUCCGCUUAUAAACAAAUUGCAAUUAGUCUAGAAAAACAAUUAAUGGCUUUACGUGAUUCGCGAUUUAAAAAAAGACAUUGCCAUUCAAAAGAGAAUUUAAUUCCUUUUGAGUGCAACAAUAUCAAUCGGAAUGAGAGAAAUGUUAUGGAUACCGAUGAUGUUUCGCCAGAAACUUUUGAAAGUCCUGAUGAAAAUGCAAAACAAAUCUUACCAUGGAAUAAGCACAGGUCAGACACAGAAUGUACAUCUGACCAUCAAAUAAAUAUAGCUUCUAAUAUUUACUCGAGACCAGGAUUGAUCGCUACGAGCGGUGUUGCGGACAAUUGUCAGAACGGAGUAUCUUUGACGAAACCUAGUACUAUUACGACAGAGUCAGAGAUUUUGAAACCACAAGUGCCUAAAACAUUAAAUAUUAUUCCAUUGACUUUGGGAAAUCCUAACUGUGGAGAAGAUGAAAAAUACCAAAGAAAUGGUUUGCAUAAUACAGAAGAUAUUCCUAAAUUAGUACGUCAAGGUUCCUAUGUGUUGGAUACUCCGAGUCCCAUACUACUGGCACAUAUGAAAAUGGAAUUGUCUAGUUCAACUACUGAUCCUUGUACAGAAUAUGUUCCAACAUCGUGUACAAAUACAGUACGUCGGAAAGAAUGGAAUAUCGCACAAGCUAAGAUGGAAUGGGAAAAUGAGUCCAAGAGCAAACAUUGUAUUCCCGUAGAAUCGUUCAGGAUUUCUUCGAAACAAACAAAAAAUUGCGACUCUUAUACCACUUCCCAAUUGUGCAAGUCACUUUCGUUUCAGACACAAUCUGAACCUUUUUUCGUAGCAUACCCAUUCGCAAGAUCUGUUGAUUGUAUUCAAACAAUGCUAGCAAAUGAAAAUGUGAACAGAAGUAACGUUCAAAUGAAAUAUGAUAGACGGUAUCCUAAGGAAUACAAAGAUGAAAAGAAACAGAGAUUUGAAAAAGGGAAAAAAUACGAUAGUUCUUUUACUUCCCCAUCGGCGUACAAACAUGGAGUUUCUUUGGAAAAUUUAAGCAGUACCGAUGUUCCAAUCUACAAAUACACAGAGAGCGAAGAUAAUACAAUUUCGACGAGCAAUAAUUUUAUAAAAGAAAUCGCAAAAAAUAUACCAACAGAAAAUUCUAUACUCAAUUUAAAAUCUUCUAUCGCAUCCGAUAAACUUUUAACGGUUUACAAAAAGGUACAAGAAAUGCAUAAAAAACAAAUGAUCGAAUUAGUGUCUCGACAGCAAAGAGAACAGUUACUGCUCCAAAAGGAGUUUGAAAAGCAACAGUUACUUUUACUUAGAGAGAUCAAAAAAUCCUUCCCAGAAAUUUCAGUUCCGUUGCUCACUGAAAAUAUUUUGUCUACCGCGUUCAGCCAAGGCACUCCUAACAGUGAAAAACAUUUUGAAAACAUUGAUCGUAGUACAGAAAAUCUGAAAAAUCUGAAAAGUAAUUUACAAGAAGAAAACGAAGUAACACAUUUACGAGAGAAUAAUGCAAGCUUGAUUCCAUGUCUACUGGACUAUGUUUAUUCCGAAAAGAAUCUUUGUAAGCCGGAAUCUUGUUCCAGUAAAUCUUCGCUCUCGAUAGACACAUUAGAGAUGGAAUCGUUACAUAAAACCAAUAAUUCUGUAACUAUGGUUGCAAAAGAAGAAGCAGAGACUCGAUUAGACGUUAGAAGGACUAACGAAAAAAAAUUGGUAGAAGAGGGUCACGAAUGGAAACGUUUGAAUGUUAGUCGACAAUUAUUUCCUUUAGAUAGUAAAACGAUUCAUGUACCAGUGCUCGAUAGAACAAUAUAUGGAAGUAAACAUAUUGAAGCAGCAACUGUGAUCAAUGCAUAUACUAGAGGCUAUUUAAUACGUAGAUUGAUGCGAACAGAACGCGUAGUUGCUUUGAAAAAUACAUACAAGGAAGCUUUGCACUGUAUGCUGAAGCUUCACGUUGACGCACCGCUUAAUCGAUCAGAGAUUAGUUUUCUACAUCGGCUUCAACUACAGUGCGAUGCAGCUUCUAUGAAUAUAGUGGAGUUAUUUGCCCAAAGUCCUGAGAAAAGAAUGCAAGUAAUAGCGCAAGAUCGUGAAAUCAAGCAAUCUCGCAUAGAACGUCCGAUGUCUGCCAGAUCGUACUCGUUUGCAACUCAGCGGACCUUAGCCAGGAAAAAACUGAAGGAGAUGGAAGAAUAUCAGCCAACUUCGUUUGCGCGUUCAUGUUCCUCAAGAUCUAGAUGUCAAACUUGGACAUCCGAUGUAGAAGAAAAACUCAUCUCACCAAACAUUUUAUAUCAUAGUAUUAAAAGGAGUACUAGUGCUGGGACUGUAAGGAAACCAUGGCGAUGAAACUUGUAUUAGUGCCUUUCAUCAUUCUAAUUUUAUUAUGUUGCGUACACGUACAAGAUAUAACGUGUAAACAAGCCCACUCCGUGCCUAAAUUUUUAAUAAAUUUGUUUUAUAUUAAGA